CAUAGUUGCCUCAGUAGCUGCUGGAGUGGGGGAGGAACCCAUAAAGCAACAUCCUCGUGGGGGAGAGAGAAAUAUACUGCAAAACCGGAUUUCAGUGAAUAUUGAGAGGCAGAGCGGACAGGCCAUCAGAAGUCAGAUGAUUGGUGUAAAAUCCCAUAUCUACCACUGUUUGAAAGACCUGGGUCAACCACAAAGACAGAGACGGGAAACACAUGGAGAAACACACAAGCAAGGCAGCCCAAUACUAAAACGAAGCCCUGACAUCACCAAAUCACCGCUAACCAAGUCAGAACAACUUCUGAGAAUAGAUGACCAUGAUUUCAGCAUGAGACCAGGUUUUGGAGGCCCUGCAAUUCCUGUGGGAGUAGAUGUACAAGUUGAGAGUCUGGAUAGUAUUUCAGAGGUGGAUAUGGACUUCACCAUGACCCUUUAUCUGAGACACUACUGGAAAGAUGAAAGACUGUCCUUCCCAAGCACCAACAACCAAAGCAUGACAUUUGAUGGCAGGCUAGUGAAAAAAAUUUGGGUUCCUGACAUGUUCUUUGUACAUUCCAAGCGUUCCUUUAUCCAUGACACCACCACUGACAACGUCAUGCUACGGGUCCAGCCAGAUGGGAAGGUACUUUAUAGCCUCAGGGUCACAGUAACUGCAAUGUGCAACAUGGAUUUCAGUCGCUUCCCCCUGGACACACAGACGUGUUCACUGGAAAUUGAAAGUUAUGCCUACACUGAAGAUGAUCUAAUGCUGUACUGGAAGAAUGGGAAUGAUUCCCUAAAAACAGAUGAAAGGAUAUCGCUAUCCCAGUUCCUUAUACAGGAGUUUCACACCACCACAAAGCUUGCCUUUUACAGCAGUACAGGGUGGUACAAUCGCCUGUACAUUAACUUCACUUUACGCCGCCACAUCUUCUUCUUCUUGCUGCAAACCUAUUUCCCUGCCACUUUGAUGGUCAUGCUGUCCUGGGUGUCUUUCUGGAUUGAUCGCAGAGCUGUACCUGCCAGGGUCCCUUUAGGAAUAACUACGGUACUGACCAUGUCUACAAUCAUUACUGGUGUAAACGCCUCCAUGCCUCGAGUUUCCUACAUCAAAGCUGUGGACAUUUACCUCUGGGUCAGUUUUGUGUUCGUCUUUCUCUCAGUGUUGGAAUAUGCGGCAGUGAACUACCUCACAACGGUGCAAGAGCGGAAGGAGAGGAAACUGCGAGACAAACUUCCUUGUACUUGCGGACUACCUCAGCCCCGGCCCAUGAUGAUGGACGGCAGCUACAGCGAUGGAGAUGUGAAUGAACUGGGACACUAUGUGUCUGAGAAUGGAGAUAAACAAGACAGAAUGAUGAUGCAGCUGACACUUGGUUCUGAAAGGAGCUCAAGCAGGAGGAAAAGCCAGAGAUACGUCAGCAUGCGCAUCGACACCCAUGCCAUUGACAAGUAUUCCAGAAUAAUAUUCCCAGGCUCAUACAUUUUAUUUAAUUUGAUAUACUGGUCCAUUUUUUCAUAA